AUGAUGUAUUCCAUCCCAAUCGAUGUGAAGAUUGUCAGUGAUAUUUUUGGAAGCCCAUAUCAUGAAGAAGUCGAUCAGGAUGAUCCAUCAUCAGAUUACGCUGUAGUCUUAGACUGGCUUUCAGAACAGAUCAAUCCAGACUUUACACAAAUGGUUGAGGUCCCGCUUAGAGUCAAAAAUUCCCUUAGGACCAUCGGUAGUUGUAAUGAUUGGAUGUUUGAUAAAUUUAGUGGCAUGAUUCGCCGGAAACUUAAUACGUUGAGUGAAGACGAAGGCUCUUUAGUAGGGUAUGAGUGGCUAGAAAUUCUUCUUCGUCACAUUAGCAAUCUCUCUGAAUUGCUCCAUCGAACAUAUGAAAUUGUUGGUCUCAAUUCCACGCAGGAAAGGCUCAUGGAGAGAUUGGAAGAUACUGUUUUCCAAAGUUGGGUAAAUAAAAGCACUGUUCUACAAGCGAUAAAGCGUGUGUACGAAGAUAAUUUGUUUUCAGACGACACUACAACUUCACAUUCACUUGUAAAGCUGGCCGGUCUCUUGAAUAAAAUUGACCUGGACUCGGAGUUGACUCUGCUUCUACUCGAUACCGCUCACAGUCGCAUCAAAAUGUUUGUGAACGACAUAUGCGCUCAUAGUUGGAACAAACCUAGGCUAAGUAGGCUACUUUCAUGGGUGAAGGAUGAAUUGUUUCCACGAAUGGAUAGGUUGGUUCCGGAUGAUGAGUUUAGUGCGGUAUGCUUAGUUGAGAUUGCUAAAAUCGAACUUGCAAAGCUCAGAACCGACGAAAUAUUUGAUAUCGUCAUCGAUUAUCCAGACUCCAAGUGCGCAUUGGAAGAAGUUCGUCUGUGUCUAGGCACAGCUGAGCAACAAUCUAGACUAGUUGAAUCCUUUAUCUUUCAGAGUAAGAAAAGGUUACUUCAUGCUGGUACUGAUUCUACUGAUAUCAUUUCCUGUUACAUUUCUGCCAUCAGAUCUUUUCUUAUUAUUGAUCACCGUGGAGUCUUAUUGGAUAAGGCUUGUCGACCCAUUAGAAAUUAUUUGAAAAGUCGCAAGGAUACGGUUCAGCGGAUAGUUUAUGCUUUGUUGAAUACCUCGCCUGAGAACAAGCUAAUUGAACUUGCCAUCGAGUUACGCAAUUCGAAUAAUCGAUCUAUGGCACAUAACGAAACGGAACGAGUUCUUGAAUGGGUUCCAGAUCCGGUUGAUGCCCUUCCAGAUUUUCGGAAGGGUGUCGUAGAAGACAUUGUGGAAUCUCUAAUUUCGAUAUUUGAGUCAAAAGAUCUAUUUGUGGAGGAGUUUGUAAAGGUGUUCUCGGAGAGAUUGUUGCAGGUUACAAACUACGAUGUUAGAGAUAUUUAUAAUGAUAUGCAUCUGCUCAAGUCGCGUUUUGGAAACCAGGAGUUCAAUUCUCUCGAUGUGAUGUUAAAGGAUAUGCUCCAGAGUAAAUCCAUAGACCGCAAAUUGAAGGGGAAAGCUCCAGAUAAUGUGCAUGCAUCAAUCAUUUCGCAUCUUUAUUGGCCCAAGCUUCCGAAGUAUUCAUUUAAGCUGCCUGAGGAAGUCAAUGCUGCUUAUGUUGGCUAUCAAAAGGCAUAUGAAGCCCAUAAAAGAGGAAGGAAGUUAUUGAUUUGUCCUUCUCUCAGUAAAGUGAACCUUAGUCUUGAAAUCAAGGGGACGUCACAUAAAUUUUUGGUAACUGCUGACAAGGCGGCUAUAAUCUACUUUUUCCAGGAGCAGCCUCCCAAAUCACGGGUUAAGCUUGGACUUCUUUGUAUGAGAUUGCAACUGCCGUUGAAGCUAGCUAAAGAAGGUUUGAAAUACUGGACUUCUCAGGCUGUUCUAAGCGAGUGCGGAUUGAAUGAAUACAGGGUAAACGAGUAG